AAUUGUCAAAAACAAAUCACAUGUCAACUAUUGUCAACAUAGAAGGAUAUCGAAAUUGUUGUUUUGCAGCAAUUUUUAAUUAUUUUAUUAGUAAUUUAAGCUUAAGAAUAUUGAUUUCUAUAAAAAUAAUAUUAAAGUCGCGAGUCGACAAUUGCUUUGACUCUGUCCACUAAGUGUGUAAAGAUAGAUACUGUGUGGGGUUGGGCGUCUCCGCCCUUGCGAUUACAACUGGCAGGACACAUUAGAAGCUCUUGUAGAAUGGGCGAAACUACGGGAGGUGAACGUCCCCCAUCACCAGCCCGUUUGUCCCAUACCUCGGAAAAACACGCAAAAAACGUUCUAACAGAGUUAAAUUUACUACGAAGACAUAGAGAACUCUGUGAUGUUGUAUUUAACGUCGGUUCAAGAAAAAUAUUCGCUCAUAGAGUUUUAUUAAGCGCUUGCAGUCCUUAUUUUAGAGCUAUGUUUACUGGAGAGCUAAUAGAAUCCAAACAAACCGAAAUAGCGAUAAGGGAUAUAGACGAAGUCGCGAUGGAUUUGUUAGUUGAUUUCUGCUAUACUUCUCAUAUCGUUGUAGAGGAAUCAAAUGUGCAAAUUUUAUUGCCAGCAGCAUGUUUAUUACAGUUAACCGAAAUUCAAGAUAUUUGUUGCGAAUUUUUAAAAAGACAGUUAGAUCCCUCGAAUUGUUUGGGUAUUAGAGCUUUUGCCGACACACAUUCCUGCAGGGAAUUACUCAGAAUAGCGGAUAAAUUCAUCCAACACAAUUUCCAAGAAGUCAUCGAAUCCGAGGAAUUUUUUUUACUGCCGGUUAAACAGUUAGAAGAUAUAAUCGCCAGCGAUGAAUUGAAUUCUCGCGGUGAAGAACAAGUAUACACUUCGGUUAUGUCUUGGGUGAAGUAUAAUUUAGCCGAAAGGAGACAGUACCUCCACCAAGUAAUGGAACACGUCCGAAUGCCUUUGUUUAGUCCGAAAUUUCUAGUCGGUACCGUCGGUUCUGAUUUACUAAUCAGAUCUAACGAACGUUGUAGAGAUUUAGUGGACGAAGCCAAAAAUUAUCUUCUGCUUCCACAAGAACGACCUCUGAUGCAAGGACCAAGAACUAGACCGAGGAGACCGACAACGAGGGGGGAGGUGUUGUUCGCCGUCGGGGGUUGGUGUAGCGGUGACGCGAUAUCUUCAGUGGAAAAAUUCGAUCCACAAACUAUGGAAUGGAAAAUGGUGGCUCCGAUGAGUAAAAGGAGGUGCGGCGUCGGCGUCGCCGUAUUGAACGAUCUACUGUUCGCCGUCGGGGGACACGAUGGGCAAAGUUACCUUAACAGCAUCGAGAGAUACGAUCCGCAAACUGAUCAAUGGUCUUGCGACGUUGCCCCGACAACUUCUUGUAGGACCAGCGUGGGGGUGGCCGUGCUGGAUAAUUUACUGUACGCCGUCGGCGGACAGGACGGCGUACAAUGUUUGAAUCACGUUGAACGAUUCGAUCCGAAGGAUAAUAAAUGGACGAAAGUAGCCCCGAUGACGACUAGGCGAUUGGGAGUGGCGGUAGCGGUACUCGGUGGUUACUUGUACGCCAUCGGAGGCUCGGAUGGACAAUCGCCUUUGAAUACAGUCGAACGUUACGAUCCUCGAAAUAAUAAAUGGACGUUAGUGAGUCCGAUGUCGACUAGACGCAAACAUUUGGGUUGCGCGGUGUUUAAUAAUUUAAUUUAUGCGGUCGGGGGUCGCGACGAUUGUAUGGAGCUGAGUAGUGCCGAAAGGUACAAUCCAUUAACGAAUUCUUGGAGUCCGAUUGUCGCUAUGACAUCUAGAAGAAGCGGGGUCGGAUUGGCUGUUGUAAACGGUCAAUUGUACGCCGUUGGUGGUUUCGACGGUACUGCCUAUUUAAAAACCAUCGAAUUUUACGAUACGGAACAAAACCAAUGGAGAUUGUGCGGCUCGAUGAAUUAUAGACGUUUAGGUGGUGGAGUUGGAGUAAUGAGGAUGCCGCAAACUGAAAAUCGGAUUUGGUAGCAAAUACUUUAUGUCGUUUAAACGGCGUUUUAUCAAAUCUACACAAUGUGAUCUAAAAAUUAACCGGAAGGAUAAAAAUAAACGACGACGGAUCGAUAUUUAUUUCAUAUAUAUAUACGAUUCUAUACAACCCCUCGGUUGUUGUUGUUGUUUCUUUUUUCGAUUGAAAUUCGUGUUUGAUUGAUUUUUAUAAAAAUUUUUUAUGCCAAUUGGUUCGGUUAGUUUGGGAUCACGUUGUAUAAUGUUGAGAAAAAAAGCUAACCUCGAAAAAUUUCUACUAGAAUUUAAAAUCACAGAAGUUGAAAUGGAUCGAGUUUGUUUGUUCACUCAUUACGAUGUAUGGAAAUGUAAUGUUGUAUUAUAUGGAAAAAAAUCGAGACUUGAAGAUAUAUUAAGAGUUUUUCCAAGUGGAAACGGGGACAGAACGUUCCUAAAGGGCUAAAAACACUAGUUUAUUGGCAUUUUUAUCACCAAAGGCAUAAUUUCUUCAAAAAUUCUCUGGCUAAGUGAAAAAUGGCGUUUUUUCGAGUAAAAGUGAGGUUAGAAAGUCAAGAGACGUAAGUUUGUUAGAAUUUCUCUAGUUUAGGAUGUUAUGAUGGUUCUCCAAGUCACAGAUUGUACCCAAAAACACUAAUCUAUUGGAAUUCAUAUCACCAAGGGUAUAAUUUCUUCAAAAAUUCUCUGAAUAAUUGAAAAAUGGCGUUUUUUCGAGUAAAAGUGAGGUUAGAAAGUCAAGAGACGUAAGUUGGUUAGAAUUUCUCUGGUUUAGGAUGUUAUGAUGGUUCUCCAAGUCACAGAUUGUACCCAAAAACACUAAUCUAUUGGAAUUCAUACCACCAAGGGUAUAAUUUCUUCAAAAAUUCUCUGACUAAGUGAAAAAUGGCGUUUUUUCGAGUAAAAGUGAGGUUAGAAAGUCAACAGACGUAAGUUGGUUAGAAUUUCUCUGGUUUAGGACGUUAUGAUGGUUCUCCAAGUCACAGAUUGUACCCAAAAACACUAAUCUAUUGGAAUUCAUACCACCAAGGGUAUAAUUUCUUCAAAAAUUCUCUGAAUAAUUGAAAAAUGGCGUUUUUUCGAGUAAAAGUGAGGUUAGAAAGUCAAGAGACGUAAGUUGGUUAGAAUUUCUCUGGUUUAGGAUGUUAUGAUGGUUCUCCAAGUCACAGAUUGUACCCAAAAACACUAAUCUAUUGGAAUUCAUAUCACCAAGGGUAUAAUUUCUUCAAAAAUUCUCUGAAUAAUUGAAAAAUGGCGUUUUUUCGAGUAAAAGUGAGGUUAGAAAGUCAAGAGACGUAAGUUGGUUAGAAUUUCUCUGGUUUAGGAUGUUAUGAUGGUUCUCCAAGUCACAGAUUGUACCCAAAAACACUAAUCUAUUGGAAUUCAUAUCACCAAGGGUAUAAUUUCUUCAAAAAUUCUCUGAAUAAUUGAAAAAUGGCGUUUUUUCGAGUAAAAGUGAGGUUAGAAAGUCAAGAGACGUAAGUUGGUUAGAAUUUCUCUGGUUUAGGAUGUUAUGAUGGUUCUCCAAGUCACAGAUUGUACCCAAAAACACUAAUCUAUUGGAAUUCAUACCACCAAGGGUAUAAUUUCUUCAAAAAUUCUCUGAAUAAUUGAAAAAUGGCGUUUUUUCGACUAAAAGUGAGGUUAGAAAGUCAAGAGACGUAAGUUGGUUAGAAUUUCUCUGGUUUAGGAUGUUAUGAUGGUUCUCCAAGUCACAGAUUGUACCCAAAAACACUAAUCUAUUGGAAUUCAUAUCACCAAGGGUAUAAUUUCUUCAAAAAUUCUCUGACUAAGUGAAAAAUGGCGUUUUUUCGAGUAAAAGUGAGGUUAGAAAGUCAACAGACGUAAGUUGGUUAGAAUUUCUCUGGUUUAGGACGUUAUGAUGGUUCUCCAAGUCACAGAUUGUACCCAAAAACACUAAUCUAUUGGAAUUCAUAUCACCAAGGGUAUAAUUUCUUCAAAAAUUCUCUGAAUAAUUGAAAAAUGGCGUUUUUUCGAGUAAAAGUGAGGUUAGAAAGUCAACAGACGUAAGUUGGUUAGAAUUUCUCUGGUUUAGGACGUUAUGAUGGUUCUCCAAGUCACAGAUUGUACCCAAAAACACUAAUCUAUUGGAAUUCAUAUCACCAAGGGUAUAAUUUCUUCAAAAAUUCUCUGAAUAAUUGAAAAAUGGCGUUUUUUCGAGUAAAAGUGAGGUUAGAAAGUCAACAGACGUAAGUUGGUUAGAAUUUCUCUGGUUUAGGAUGUUAUGAUGGUUCUCCAAGUCACAGAUUGUACCCAAAAACACUAAUCUAUUGGAAUUCAUACCACCAAGGGUAUAAUUUCUUCAAAAAUUCUCUGGCUAAGUGAAAAAUGGCGUUUUUUCGACUAAAAGUGAGGUUAGAAAGUCAAGAGACGUAAGUUGGUUAGAAUUUCUCUGGUUUAGGAUGUUAUGAUGGUUCUCCAAGUCACAGAUUGUACCCAAAAACACUAAUCUAUUGGAAUUCAUAUCACCAAGGGUAUAAUUUCUUCAAAAAUUCUCUGAAUAAUUGAAAAAUGGCGUUUUUUCGAGUAAAAGUGAGGUUAGAAAGUCAAGAGACGUAAGUUGGUUAGAAUUUCUCUGGUUUAGGAUGUUAUGAUGGUUCUCCAAGUCACAGAUUGUACCCAAAAACACUAAUCUAUUGGAAUUCAUAUCACCAAGGGUAUAAUUUCUUCAAAAAUUCUCUGAAUAAUUGAAAAAUGGCGUUUUUUCGAGUAAAAGUGAGGUUAGAAAGUCAAGAGACGUAAGUUGGUUAGAAUUUCUCUGGUUUAGGAUGUUAUGAUGGUUCUCCAAGUCACAGAUUGUACCCAAAAACACUAAUCUAUUGGAAUUCAUAUCACCAAGGGUAUAAUUUCUUCAAAAAUUCUCUGAAUAAUUGAAAAAUGGCGUUUUUUCGAGUAAAAGUGAGGUUAGAAAGUCAAGAGACGUAAGUUGGUUAGAAUUUCUCUGGUUUAGGAUGUUAUGAUGGUUCUCCAAGUCACAGAUUGUACCCAAAAACACUAAUCUAUUGGAAUUCAUACCACCAAGGGUAUAAUUUCUUCAAAAAUUCUCUGACUAAGUGAAAAAUGGCGUUUUUUCGACUAAAAGUGAGGUUAGAAAGUCAACAGACGUAAGUUGGUUAGAAUUUCUCUGGUUUAGGAUGUUAUGAUGGUUCUCCAAGUCACAGAUUGUACCCAAAAACACUAAUCUAUUGGAAUUCAUACCACCAAGGGUAUAAUUUCUUCAAAAAUUCUCUGAAUAAUUGAAAAAUGGCGUUUUUUCGAGUAAAAGUGAGGUUAGAAAGUCAAGAGACGUAAGUUGGUUAGAAUUUCUCUGGUUUAGGAUGUUAUGAUGGUUCUCCAAGUCACAGAUUGUACCCAAAAACACUAAUCUAUUGGAAUUCAUAUCACCAAGGGUAUAAUUUCUUCAAAAAUUCUCUGAAUAAUUGAAAAAUGGCGUUUUUUCGAGUAAAAGUGAGGUUAGAAAGUCAAGAGACGUAAGUUGGUUAGAAUUUCUCUGGUUUAGGAUGUUAUGAUGGUUCUCCAAGUCACAGAUUGUACCCAAAAACACUAAUCUAUUGGAAUUCAUACCACCAAGGGUAUAAUUUCUUCAAAAAUUCUCUGAAUAAUUGAAAAAUGGCGUUUUUUCGACUAAAAGUGAGGUUAGAAAGUCAAGAGACGUAAGUUGGUUAGAAUUUCUCUGGUUUAGGACGUUAUGAUGGUUCUCCAAGUCACAGAUUGUACCCAAAAACACUAAUCUAUUGGAAUUCAUAUCACCAAGGGUAUAAUUUCUUCAAAAAUUCUCUGAAUAAUUGAAAAAUGGCGUUUUUUCGAGUAAAAGUGAGGUUAGAAAGUCAAGAGACGUAAGUUGGUUAGAAUUUCUCUGGUUUAGGAUGUUAUGAUGGUUCUCCAAGUCACAGAUUGUACCCAAAAACACUAAUCUAUUGGAAUUCAUACCACCAAGGGUAUAAUUUCUUCAAAAAUUCUCUGGCUAAGUGAAAAAUGGCGUUUUUUCGACUAAAAGUGAGGUUAGAAAGUCAAGAGACGUAAGUUGGUUAGAAUUUCUCUGGUUUAGGAUGUUAUGAUGGUUCUCCAAGUCACAGAUUGUACCCAAAAACACUAAUCUAUUGGAAUUCAUAUCACCAAGGGUAUAAUUUCUUCAAAAAUUCUCUGACUAAUUGAAAAAUGGCGUUUUUUCGACUAAAAGUGAGGUUAGAAAGUCAAGAGACGUAAGUUGGUUAGAAUUUCUCUGGUUUAGGAUGUUAUAAUGGUUCUCCAAGUCACAGAUUGUACCCAAAAACACUAAUCUAUUGGAAUUCAUAUCACCAAGGGUAUAAUUUCUUCAAAAAUUCCCCGGUUAAGUAAAUUGCGAUGUUUCCUCAAGCGAAAAUACGGUUAAACAAUACCCAAAGUUGUGGAAACACAAUUAUGUCGGAAUCCUUAUUAAUAGGGACACAAUUUCUUCAAAAAAUUUCUUCUUUAAUCGAAACCUAAUAGUAACACGCCACCCCGCGCCACGUUCCGAAUAUGUUUUUCCAUUUAAUUCAAUCGUCUGCGUACACACUCAGUAUAUUACACGCCACGCCACCCCACGCCACGUAUCGAAUAUGUUUUUCCAUUUAAUUCAAUCGUCUGCGUACACACUCAGUCCACUACACGCCACGCCACCCCACGCCACGUAUCGAAUAUGUUUUUCCAUUUUCCAUGAUGUUUCCUCAUAGGUACAGACGAUUCCCAAAUGUCUAGAACUUCUUUUCGAAAUGGAUGAAUCAGGUUAUUGAUUAAUUUGUCUUACGAAUCAACAUUUGUGGUCAAAAUUAUUCCAUCAUCAUUCGAUGCUGAAGAAAAAACAGGCAGGAGGAGACUGCCGAGACGGCUCAGGGCUCAACGACCCCAGAUGUCUCGACCACCAAAUCUCCCUCCACCCAGACUUUUCCUUAUCGAGAAAUUUGAAGAAAUUAUUCACCGAAUGCACUUUUACAUGUCAAAGUAUGUGAAAUUAAUAAAGAAAUGUAAUAAUUGGACACAUUAUAGAUGUCAUGAAAAUAUCUAUAUACGCGAGUUGAUUUUAGGGAAAAAAAAGUUUUGUAGAUAUUAAUCGGAAGUGUUAUUGACUGCUGUAAUUUUAUAUAAUGGUAAAUAGUAUAAUUAUUAUAUAAAAAAAAAUGUUAUCGAUAUUUAUAUAUAUGCAGUAGACCCUAUCUAUAACGAUAUUAAAAGCACCUGACGAUUUCGUCGUUGUUAAAAAAGAAUAUCAACGAAAACUAGAUUAAAAAUGCUGCACAGCUCACUUAUAACAUACAACACUUGAUACAUUACAUAAAACACUUGACAUAAGGCAUAGAACACUUGACAGGUGACAUAAAACACUUGACAUAAGGCAUAGAACACUUGACAGGUGACAUAAAACACUUGACAUGACAUAAAACAUUUGACAGAUGACAUAAAGCUUACAGCAAACCAAACAAACUUUUGCAAAUCCAUCGUUAUAAAAAGAGACUACCGUAUUUGUUUUCCUUUUUUUUGUACCAUAAGUUUUGAAAUUCUAUUUAAAUAAAACUAAUUCGGCCCUAAUAACAAUGGGAAAGUUAUAAAUUUUAAAAUAAAUUAAGUAAGUGUGUAAGAUCGGCUAAGGUGGUAUUUUUUUCUUCGAGUUGUCAUUACUGCUUCUUCUUCUAAUCUCUUAAUCUUGCUAUGUAAUCGAUUAUUGUAGUGUUUAUACAAAUAAUUCUCCUAUACAAUUCAUCCGACAGCAUAGUCCGAACAUUUUCAUAUAUAUUUGGAAAAACUAAACACACUGUAUAUAAAAUUUCGUCAUUCAACCUGGAUAAUUGUUAAUCGAAUCGUUGGUGUGUUUAAACGUUUAGAAAUCGUGUGAAUUUUUAAUGGAAAAGUCAUUGGAAACCCAUUGUUUUGUCUAAAUUUUAUUAUUUAAACAUUUCGUCAUAUAUGAUGUUAAUAAAUUUGAUUCUUAUAUAAUUUAAAUUCUCUUAUAUGUUUUUUUAUGUUAUUUUUAUUUAUUUAAAUAUACUUUUCAUUA